AUGGCUGCUCACCCCCAGGCAGUCCAGGUGAUCCAGCAGCCCAUGCAGAGUGGAGCUUACCAUCUCCAACAGCUCUACAACACUCAGGGAACGCCAAUGCUUCUGCCUGGAAACCUGGCGCUUCACUCGAACCUCAACCCGUCUUCGAUCCAGGUCAUCACUGCCGGUAAACCGUUUCAAUCUGCUGGACAGUUGACUCCUCACAUGCUGACCACCGCGUCCACUCAAGGACAGCCUGGUGGUCAUGCGGGACCUGGAGGUAAGGUUCAAGGUUUUCCAGCUGGGUACUUGCCUGUGCCCACUUCCAAUCCUGGGGGAGGUCAGACACUUGUUUUUGGGCCCCUGGGCGUUCUGGGAUCACCUCAGCCUCAACAGUCCCUUCAGCAACAGCAACAACAGCAGGGAGGCAACAAAGCUGAUCAAUACACAACGUGCGCAGCUGGUACACAAAAUGCAGCUCGAGGAGGUGGAAUGCAAUUUGCACCAUGGCAAUUUACACCGCAAGUCGCGUGGGCUGGAUUACAACCACCGGGUACGACACUCCUCGCUGCACCUAAUCAGAUUUUUAUUAGAAGUCCCACGCAACCAGAAAUGUACAUACAAAGCCCGCAGCCAAUCCAGGCUCACAAUGCUAUAGCAACGCAGCAGCAGCUCCAGGGCGUUCAGCAGAUUGCAGCGGCCAGUGGAAAACCUCGAGUGAUGGACAUCCAGCAGCAAUCGCAGCAAGCUGGUAAACAAGGUGGUAGCGGGCAGCGUCCGCUCAGUAUUUUGCCUUCCUCUCUUCAAGGUGUCCAGGGUGCUAACAUACGACCGGCUAGCUCGGUUUCUACGCAAACGGUCCAUGGAGUACAGACAACGGUACAAACACAGAGCGGCAAGGGCAGUGGGAGUGGCGGUAAAGGCCGUGGUAAGCCGGUGGUUCGCACAAGUCCCGGAACAAAUGCCUCACAAGGCACAACAAAAGCCGAUGCAGCCAAUCAAACGAAAUCUAAUGUCCAUCACGCUACAAUGAUAAUGCAACAACAGGCCAAUGCUACAAAUAAUACCGGAAACAGCAUGGCUAUCCAGCCAUCUCAGCAACAGCCUGGCGUCGUUCUCGGAACCGAAAGACCCAUCAUGCCGGUAGUGUCAAUGGGUGGAGUUGGGGCAAUUAAUUCUGCGAUUAUUGGGAACCAAAUGGUCGGAGGAACUCCCCAGGUCCAGGCGAUGCCGAUUCUGGCUCAACCCAGCGAAGUUCCUGCUCCACCCCAAGACAACGCUAGCACUCCUAUGGUAGUCGCUAGUGAUAGAAAUCAAGCUACUGAGGGCUCGGUUGUGUUGCAGCAAAAUUGUGCUACUGAAGAAGCGAGACAGACUCCGAAGAAAGAGGAAGAAGCUAAAGAAGCUUCUGCUCCUAGUCAAGAUGAAUCUAAACAAUCAGCUAAAGAAGAAACUGCCGCUAAAACUGAUGAUAAACUCUCCAACAAUCCACUGGUUAAUUUAGCCAAUGCUGUAAACUCAAUCACCAAUGGAAUUACUGAUGAACCAGCAAAUGCUGUAUCUACUCCGACGUCGAGUGGCAAACAAGCUCUUCCAAAGGCUUUGGUUAAACCACAAGUCCUGACUCAUGUCAUCGAGGGUUUUGUCAUCCAAGAAGCUUCUGAGCCGUUUGCAGUGAAUCGAUCCACGCUAAACGGAUCAGUCACCCAAGAAUCGAAUCUAUUAAACAGAAACAACAAUAUCAAUGAAAAAGACUCCCAUGAAGAACCUCCAAGGAAAAAACAUACUGCUAAUUACUCUAAUGAAAAUGAGACAAUGUCCAAGUGCGAAGCGUGUGGUAAUAACUUUGAUGAACAUACCAGUAAAUUCAAGAAAGAUAAACGAUUCUGUUCUUCAAUAUGUGCAAAGAGUAAAAAACGUGAAACGCGUGAUCGUGAAGCUGCAGACAAACAGUGGACGGACAUGGAUGUUGACAGCAAGAAAGAUGAUCCAGCGAAGAAAAUUGUUGAAGAAAAAUCAGUCAACGAAGUGUGCGACUUUAUUCGCAACUUACCAGGGUGUUCAGACUACGCAGAGGACUUUGCAAUCCAGGAGAUCGACGGUCAAGCUCUGAUGUUGCUCAAAGAAGAUCACUUGAUGUCUGCAAUGAGCAUCAAACUAGGUCCAGCAUUGAAGAUAGUCGCUAAAAUAGACUCUAUGAGAAUAGACAACAGUGUUAGCACCUCACCUUCGUCAAAUAGCUCAUAA